AGUCUCUGAAAUCGUCUCACUGGGAACAGACGAACUGGGAAAAGUUCUGAGAUUGUCGUGCUUCUCGAGGCAGGAUCUCUUAACCCAGGAUUAUCAGUGAUUAGUGAAUUUUUUUCUUCAUGAAACUAUGAGGAGUGUCUCCUUUUUUCUAAUCGUCCUCUUUGUGGGACAAUUUUUUGUGCAAAGUGCCCUGAGUGUUACCGAAUAUGAACUUUAUGAUGUUACAAAUGGCAAUCAGGCAUCCUUCCUGCCACUAGGAAAUGACAAAUUCGAGAGUGUUAAGCUGCCAACUCCUGUUUACUUCUUCACCCAACAAUACGACGAAGUCUUCAUUAACACGAAUGGGAUACUUACUUUCCGGUCUGAGUAUCCAUUCUUUGCAAAUGCACCCUUCCCCAUUGAGUACCCAGCCAUAGCGCCAUUCUACUCCAAUGUGGACACAACAGUCACCAAUGAUACCACCAAGAUUGCCUAUUACGUAACCCAUGAUCCUCAAGUCCUCUACUCUGCCACCGAUGUCAUCCGCAACGGAUUUACCAACACGAUCGAUUUUGAGGCCAGGAGCAUCCUUGUGGUGACCUGGUACAGAGUUGGACACUUUGACCGCAGUUCAGAUGCCUUUAACACUUAUCAGGUAGCUGUUAUUUGUGGAGACAGUGAAACCUAUGUUCAGUUCCUCUACCCAGAUGGUGGAUUGAAUUGGAUUAAGGGCGAUGUAGGAGAAUCUGGACUGCCAGAUGUCCGAGCCCAGGCUGGUUUUGUCUCAGAAGAAGGCGAAGUCUUCACCCUUAAAGGUUCCGGUCAAGAAAAUGUUAAAUAUUUGACCGAAUUGACUAAUUAUGGAGUUCCUGGGAUUUUCCUCUAUCGCGUUGGACCUCUUGGAUAUGAUCAGAAUGUUCAGGAACCCGAUAGGUACCUAGGAAGUCCUGAAUCUACUCACCUCACUUGUCGGGAUAGGGGUAAGCACAGGUGCCAUUCGAGUGCCGAUUGUGAGGACACAAGGGCUGGAUUCUGCUGCUCCUGCAAGGAUGGUUACUACGGAAAUGGCUAUAGUUGUAUCAAGAGUGAUGCUCCUAUCAGAGUAUCUGGUCUUAUCACUGGAACUCUGGGUGAUAGAACUGUCAAUUCCCAACUUCAGUCAUAUGUUGUAACUUCUGACGGCAGGACUUAUACUGCAAUCAGCCCCUUGGAACCUGAGGUUGGGAGUCGUCUGCAACUGCUUCAAGUGAUUGGGAGUAGCAUAGCUUGGCUCUUUGCCAAACCUAUCGGAAAUGUUCAGAAUGGGUAUCAGUUGACCGGAGGAAGUCUCAAUCAUACAGCGAUUCUCAGGUUUGAGGGAAGUGAUGAAGAAUGUAGAGUAGUUCAGAGAUUUACAGGACUCAAUAUUUGGGAUCAAUUAGCUGUUAACAUUGAGCUAAAUUGCAAUCUUCCGGAGAUUCCCUAUGGAGCUAGAUUGAGAUUUGGUGACUACGUUGAGGAGUUUUCUUGGGUUUCGAACACUGAGCUCCGGUCUUCAGAUUGGCAGAGACGUAUUUCAAUUCAGGAUCAUGAUCGAGAUCUUGUUUACAGUCUCACGCAGAUGAUUUCCUUCGAAAGAUGUCCCUAUGCUGAAAAAACAUCUGCCCCUGAGGAUGAAUCUACACCACAGAAAAUCUCCAAGGUGUCUGUAUCCUAUGAGCCUAGGGAACAAGCUAUUAGGAUCAGUAUGUUGAGUAAGGCGGGAAUUGAUCGGACAUCUAAUCCCUGCUCCGAUGGUUCAGCAAUCUGUGGAGAAAAUACCCUCUGUGUCCCAUCCCAUGAUGAAGAUGAUGCUGAGAAUUACAUGUGUCAGUGCAAGAAUGGUUUUGCUCCGGAUCGUAUUGAGGGAGGAGUUGAGCACUGCUCAGACAUCGAUGAGUGCCGUGGAGUGAAUAUUUGUGAUGAAAAUGCUGAAUGUUACAAUGAACUCGGUGGAUACUCAUGCAUCUGCCGACCAGGAUACCAAGGCAAUGGUUUUCAGUGUACUCCAGAGGGUUAUCCUUCACAGCCUCCAACUUAUACAACUUAUCCCACUGAAUCUCCGGAACCUGUAUCAGACUUCCGAUCUCAUCCGUGUGAUACCGCUGAUGCAUGCUCAUCAAAUGCCAUUUGCGUCAGUGGACUGUGCUUCUGCGUAAAUGGAUACUCAGGAGAUGGAAAACUCUGCACGCCAAAUUGUGCCCCGGAUGAAGAAUGGGUUGUCGAUCAGUGUGUGCAUCGAGAUAAUCUAGAGGAGGAUUACCGACCAGUGCUGUUUUGCGCGGAAGAGCGAUGCAGUUGUCCUUUAGGUUUCCAGCCAAUGGAACAUGCCUUCGGGAUAACUUGCGUCCUUCAAGACAAUGGUGACUCUUUUAAUACCAACGAUUACUAUGGUCCAGAAGGGAAUAAUGGAAGGUUGCAACUAUCAUGCAACGAGCAGAACAAUUGUAGUCCCUAUGCAGAUUGCCAAAGGAGUAGGACGGAGGCCAGCUAUGAGUGCGUUUGCAAACCUGGGUAUGACGGUGAUGGUCAUACUUGCGAAGAGAAAUCUGUCUCGUGCGCUGAAGAGGAUAUUUGCGAUGAGCAUGCCACUUGCAAGUAUGAUCAGAAUGAGAGAAGCAGCGUCUGUGUUUGCGAUCCUGGCUACGAGGGAAAUGGUCGUACUUGCUAUGUAGUAGCAGAGUGUCACUAUGACGAUGAUUGCGGUAUCUCAUCAGUUUGCGAAGCCGGAAUGUGUAAUUGCAGGGAGGGUUUUGAGAGGGAUGCAUCUGACUAUUGUGUCCCUAUUGGUUCCUGUGGGGGAGCUAUUUGUGCUGAGAAUGCCAUUUGUCGAUGGGAUCAGACUCAAAUGGUAUCCUACUGCUAUUGUCCGCCAGAUUUUGAAGGUGAUGGCAUACACUCUUGCAAAUCCAGGCCACCACCUUGCAAUGUCCGCAACAACUGUGGACUCUAUGCCUCUUGCUUGCCUAACUACAGGGAUUCUACAGUUUAUGAAUGUGUUUGUGAUCCUGGUUACGAAGGAGAUGGCUUUGUCUGUACUAGGGAACUCAAUUGUCUACUGGAUCCCCGAAUGUGCCAUCCACAGGCGAAAUGUUUGUCUGUAGCAACUGGUGUGAAGUGCGUUUGCAAUCAAGGGUAUAUUGGCAAUGGCACCCAUUGCGAAGAGAUCCAACGUCAUGAAACUGGAUUCUUGCUGAUAAGCCAAGGGGUUGCCGUUGUCAGGGUACCUUUUACCGCUCAACGGGGACGUCCUGUAUCCAUGUCUCAAAUGGCUAUUGGGGUUGAUAAGGAUUGCACAGAAGGAAGGGUUUACUGGAGUGAUAUCUCUUCCAAGACUAUCGUCAGUUCAAAGUAUGAUGGAACCGAUAAGAAAACUUUCAUUUCUGAAGAUAUUUUAUCUCCGGAGGGAAUAGCUGUAGAUUGGAUUUCCAGGAGGAUCUACUGGACGGAUUCUACAAAGGACACCGUAGAAGUUGCCAGUUUGGAUGAUGCCAAAUUGAGAGCAGUACUCGUAAGGAAAGACUUAGUUAAUCCUCGAGGAAUUGCAGUAGAUCCUCAUCAUGGAAAAAUCUACUGGUCUGAUUGGAAUCGUGCUCAACCUAAGAUUGAGUGGGCUAAUCUCGAUGGAACAGGUCGAGAAGUUCUACUAGGACAACCCCAAGUUAUGCUUCCUAAUUCUUUGGCCAUUUUCCAAAAAUCUGGAGAAUUGUGCUAUGCAGAUGCUGGAAACUUCCAGAUUGGUUGCAUUGACACCUACUCGAAAAAUCACAGAGUAGUGGUCUCAAAUCUGUCUUAUCCUUUCGGUUUGGCAAUCUCUGAUGAUCACUUUUACUGGACAGAUUGGACUACCAAAAAGAUCGAGAGUCUCGAUUUGCUGGGAAACAGGAAGAGUGGCAUCACAGGACCUUUAUUUGGAAGUCACAAAAUGUAUGGCAUGACUGCUGUGACAUCCGAAUGUCCCAUGUAUUUCAGCGAGUGCCAAGUUAACAAUGGAGAAUGUCCUGCAUCAAGGAUCUGCCUUCACAAUCCAAAUGCUCCAUCGAGACGAAGCUGUAAAUGUGCCAAUUCGCACAAUUGCAACGAAAUCGUGUUCGAUGACUAAAAGUUCACACUGUGUGUUUGUGUUCGUUUUAUGAUUGCAAUAUUAUUAAAAUUAUUAAUUAAUUAAAUGUAAAUGAGACAACAAUAAACUUAUCACGAAUGCAGGAUCUUGAAAGACA